AUGCAGUCUGAGAGUUUGAGCUUGACUCCAGCUCUGAAACUCUUCCCAGGCCUGAAACCCCCUCACAAAACCCUACUAUUUCACCAAAUAUGUGUUCUUGUUAUCACAUUCCUUGCAUAUGCUUCCUUCCAUGCUUCUAGGAAGCCCCCCAGCAUUGUCAAGAGUGUUCUGGGACCUACAGUGCCAUCCAAUGAAACUCAAGUUCCCAUCUUGAGUUCCUAUGAUGCAGGGUGGCCCCCUUUUAAUGAAACCCAAGGUAUUCACAGGCUGGGCGAACUUGAUCUUGCAUUCCUUACUUCUUACUCCAUUGGCAUGUAUUUGGCUGGUCAUGUUGGGGAUAGGAUUGAUUUGAGGUUGUUUCUUGUAUUUGGGAUGAUGGGUAGUGGCAUUUUUACCAUACUUUUUGGGUUAGGUUAUUGGUUAGAUGUGCAUGUGUUGGGGUUUUUUGUUGGUGUUCAGAUUGUUUGUGGAUUGUUUCAGUCAAUUGGGUGGCCUUGUGUGGUUGCAGUUGUGGGGAAUUGGCUUGGGGAAUCAAAGAGGGGCUUGAUAAUGGGGGUAUGGAAUUCGCAUACCUCGGUGGGGAAUAUAAUUGGUUCAGUGGUGGCUUCAGGGGUUUUGGAGUUUGGCUGGGGUUGGUCCUUUGUGGUGCCUGGACUCCUGAUAAUUUUGGUGGGGAUUUUGGUGUUUUUGUUUCUUGUUGUGAACCCUGAGGAUAUGGGAUUUGUGCAUCCUGGAAUGGACAUCGAAUUGAGUGUUGACACCGAAAAUGCAGAGAAGCUGCAGAAAGUGGAAUCGGAGGAAGCUAAGCUUAUUGAGUCUGACAGUUCAGAUUCUUCAACUGCAAUUGGGUUUUUGGAGGCAUGGAAGUUACCAGGAGUGGCUCCAUUUGCUUUUUGUCUCUUUUUCUCAAAGCUAGUGGCUUAUACCUUUCUGUAUUGGUUGCCCUUCUACAUAAAGCACACAGCUGUUGCUGGUGUGCAUAUCUCACACAAAACUGCUGGAUUGCUAUCAACAAUAUUUGACAUUGGGGGAGUCCUAGGUGGAAUCACAGCUGGUUUCAUUUCUGACUUGAUUGAAGCACGUGCUAUUACUUCAAUUCUGUUCCUGUUUCUAUCAAUUCCAGCCCUUGCUUUGUAUCGCAUUUUUGGGAGCCUCUCCAUGUUGAUCAACAUCAUUUUAAUGUUUCUUUCGGGUUUUUUGGUGAAUGGUCCGUAUUCCCUAAUCACAACUGCUGUGGCUGCUGAUCUUGGUACACAGAAUUUGAAUGAUCCUAAUUCCCGCGCACUGGCCACUGUCACUGCAAUCAUAGAUGGCACCGGUUCUGUUGGGGCUGCCCUUGGGCCCCUUUUGGCUGGAUAUAUUUCGACUAGGGGAUGGAACAGUGUCUUUUUUAUGCUCAUUCUGUCUAUUUUCUUUGCUGGUUUAUUCUUGAUUCGUAUUGCGAGAACUGAGAUCAGAGAGAAGCUUUCAGGAAAGUGA